AUGAUUCCUGGAAGCUUAAAGACAUGUCGUCUGCCCAGUGCUCUCGAAGAACAGUUCUUGUUUGAAAGUAAGAAUUCACAGGAUCAUCUUGUUGAUCUCCUUGACCAAAAGUCUGAAAUUUAUAAUGAUAUUCAUGUUAAGGGUAGUAAUUCACCAAAAUUUCAGCAAAGUUACAGAGGUCUCUCCUAUCUCUCAUUUGACACUAGAGAAGGAAAUAACCCUGGAGAAGAUAUAGGGAAGUUUCUUCGUAAAGGCAUUGCCCAACACCAUCGGAAAAUUAGUUCAGCUGAUGUAUUUAGGGUUAAGGUGGACUUACCUGAGGAAAUUCCAUCAUCCAUAGGCAACUUACUGAACCUCCAAAACCUCGAUGUGAAGUAUACUUAUGUCAGAACUCUGCCUAAGUCCAUAUGGAAGUUGCAGAAACUUCAACACCUAUACUUGAACGAGAGUCAUCGAAGUAAAUUUGUGUCUCAAUCAAGGAGCAGUUCCCUAAAGAAUCUAAAAACGUUGUGGGGUUUAUUCUUGGAUGAUUUCAUUGCUAUAAAGAAUGGGCUGAACAAGCUAAACAACCAUACAAAGCUAGGACUAGCGUUCCAGUUGGAGUUGCCUCAGCAAGAAGAAUUGGCCCGUUGGGUGAAAGGUCUGCAAUACCUCAAAUCUUUGAGAUUGAGAUCAGUUGACGAGAACGGUGAUGCUCAUGAUCUUCACUUGGAAGGAUUGUCAAGGCUUAAAAAUCUCUCCACCCUAUCUUUGUUUGGAAAGCUAGAGAUGCAAUCCAUCGAAAACCUAUUUGCAGACGCUUCUGAAUUUCAUCUGUCUGACCUUAGGUUGUCUGCCUCGGGGCUUAAGGAUGACCCAAUGCAAAUUUUGGGGAGUCUCUCCAGUCUUAAAUCACUCUGUUUCUACUCUGACUCUUACGAAGGAAAACAGAUACUUUUCAUUAAGAAGAGCUUUUCCCAACUUCAAGUUUUGAGACUUCGAAAUCUAAAGAACCUAGAAAAGCUGAAGGUGGAGGAAGAAGCAAUGCAAAAACUUAGGGAGCUAGAGAUCAGGGGCUGCAAAAGUUUAAAGGUCUUCAACGGUUUGAAGCACUUAAUGAGUCUCCGAGAAUUGAAGUUGCCAAAUAUGGAAGACAAUUUCACCUCACAAAUAAAGAAUGAUCCAAAUUUUUGGAGGCACUGGCUACCCUCCCACGAACACAGGAGGCCACUGGCAGCCUGAGCUGAGUGAAACGUGACUGAAGCAUUUGUGUAUUCUAGAUUUCAUUAUCAUCUGCCCCUUUGUGUUGAUGUGGCAUUGGGCAAAAGCAAGAGAGUUGUUGGUGGAUGAUUAUGUUAAUCUUCUAUUUGGAUCACCAUGAGGAUACUUGUUUUUCUUUCACAUGUC